AAUCAGGUUUUGGCAUCAUCCCACAAUACCCUGAGAAGUUGGUGAUGGGGGAAGAGUGGACUUUUUUUUCAAAGAAUGCUGUGGUGACUCGAGUACAACACAUGAAGAAUUCCAGAAAAGAGCCAUUUUUGAAGUCAGCGGUGAAUCAGAGGUUUUCUGACCCUCUCGAGUGCCUUCUAUGAAGAAGAGUUCAACUCUGGCUCCAGUUUGUCCCCUACUCUUUUCCCGAAUCCCUCGACAUUCCUUGCUCUUUUCCCCAGGCACCGCAUGGCCUGUGACAUUUGCUGGGACUCACACACGGCGUCCAACCUCCUUUCUCCGAGCGAUGACUCCUAGGAAGUUCCCAAGGACGGGAGCGAUGCAGGCUCCGACACGCGAGGGCGGGGGGCGGGGGUGGGGGAUGCGAUGGACGGGGGAGCGGAAGGGAAAGAGAGAGAGAGGGGACCUGGGUGUAGAGAGGGCCCAGGGCCGCAUGAGCCAAGCCAGGGAGGAGCAGGGGGUUCAUCUCAGCAACCUGAUCGGUGUCGGCCUUUCCCUCCCUUCAACCCUCCAUUGGUGUUGCUGGAACUCGGAAGACUGCUAGACAGACAUCCUCUAGGGCACUCUCCCUGACUCACUUUGCUGUGCUUUUAAGCACUCUUUUCUGGAUCAACAAGAGUUUGCUAGUAAAAAUCUGAGCCCGCCAUCUCGAUGCUUCUCCUGUCUCUAAAACUGGUGCCCGGGCUGAGGCCCCAGGUGACAGACGUUUUCCAGUCUACGCUGCGCGGUGCUAAGCCUCUGCGAGGCAGAGCGCACUAAAGCGUGCGCCGCCUCCGGGAGAGCUGAGCUCAGGACAGCAUCCUCUCCGUGCGGUCGCCGCUGGGCACCCAGCAGCGCGGUCUGGCUCCGCUUCUUGUGUCGCUGGCCUUAAGAGUGGGACUGUGAAGGUGGCUGGGCGCUGGAAUUUGUGGUUUUAAAAGUUCUUGACACCUGCUAGAAAGUGCUAGAGGACUCUUCAGCCCCUAAGGUGCCCCUAGUCACCAAGAGUAGGCGCUUUUCCUGAAAUUGAUAUGGGAAAUUUGAAAAGUAGGGUUUUUGAGAACAAGCCACAUCAGAUCUUUCCCCACUUAUUUCAACCUCUUAUCGUUCCUGCCCCUAAGGUUCUGGUCACGGUUGCACAUUUAAUGCUUUCACAUGGAAGUGCUGUUGAAGACUGAGACUGCACCCCACCCUCCAAAGCAUCCCAUAAGCAAGCACAGUUUCUUACUAGCCAAGGAGAAGGGAAAGCACUAGUUGAAAGUGGCCACAGGAAAUGCUCAAAGAUGUUCAGAAUGCAUGGGACAUAUGCAAGGACUCCAAAUCCUUACAGUGGCUGCUGGUUUCAGAAGGUGUUUCUCCCAAAUAGAAAGGAUUGGUCACGGAAAUGCCCUGUAGGAGAAAGACACUGGUAUCCGUUUCUUAAAGGACAUUCACACUUAUGAAGUGUUUAGGGCAAAGCAAAAAGGAGGAAGAUGAGGGAAAUUCCUGAUGACUUUACUGAUGUUAAAAUUCCAUAGAUUUAGCUACUCCUUUUUUUUUUUUCCUUUCACAUCAUCAAUUCAGAAUUCUAUAAAGGAAGAGAAUGACAUGGUAGAAAAUCAUUGGCCUAGGAGAAAAGAGCCCGUAGGCGUUUAGGUGUUAUAUAGUGCAGCCAGAAAGCUCUGGAGCAUCAGGGAGACUCCAACUUAAGGCAACAGCAUGGUUUCUUUCAGGAAAAUCUUCAUCUUACAACUUGUAGGGCUGGUGUUAACUUACGACUUCACUAACUGUGACUUUGAGAAGAUUAAAGCAGCCUAUCUCAGUACUAUUUCUAAAGACCUGAUUACAUAUAUGAGUGGGACCAAAAGUACCGAGUUCAACAACACCGUCUCUUGUAGCAAUCGGCCACAUUGCCUUACUGAAAUCCAGAGCCUAACCUUCAAUCCCACCGCCGGCUGCGCGUCGCUCGCCAAAGAAAUGUUCGCCAUGAAAACUAAGGCUGCCUUAGCUAUCUGGUGCCCAGGCUAUUCGGAAACUCAGAUAAAUGCUACUCAGGCAAUGAAGAAGAGGAGAAAAAGGAAAGUCACAACCAAUAAAUGUCUGGAACAAGUGUCACAAUUACAAGGAUUGUGGCGUCGCUUCAAUCGACCUUUACUGAAACAACAGUAAACCAUCUUUAUUAUGGUCAUAUUUCACAGCACCAAAAUAAAUCAUCUUUAUUAAGUAGAUGAAACAUUAACUCUAACUGUGACAAAGAAGACCACAGAUAGUUAUCUUUUAAUUACAGAAGAGUUUCUUAACUUAUUUUUGUAAGUUUUUAUUGUGUAAGUUUAUAAUGCAGGGGAAGUACUACUCCUCAAAUGUUGAGGGAAGCUUCCAUAACAUCGAUGACUGACUUCAUGGCAGUAAUUCUCAGCUGUAGUUGCAUAAGCAUUGCUCAAGAGGAAAAUCCAAAAGUGCAGCAGGAGAACUCUUUUCCCUGAAAAAGUAAAAAUAUUGAACUCAAUGAUAGCACCUAAACUUACAUUUAAAAGACAGAUAUUCCUUCUACAUGUAAUGACACUUCUUGUGUUAAACUAAAAAUUUACAAGAGAAGAAAGUGAAAGCAAAUGGGGUUUCACAAAUAGUUGUAAAUAUAGUGAAGCAAUUUGAAAUAAUUUUCAAGCAAAAUAUUGUGAAAGUAUUCUAAGCCAAGUUUUAAAUAUUAUCUAACAGACAAGAGUGGUAUAUACAAGUAGAUCCUGAGAAGUACCUUUGUUACAGCUACUAUAAAUAUACAUAUAAAUUAUAGAAUCUACUUUAAUUUAUUUUGUGAACACUUUUGAAAAUGUACAUGUUCCUUUGUAAUUGACACUAUAUAUUUCUUAAUAAAAUAAUUCUCAAAUUUGUUUCUUAUGAA